UAGAUUAAUACAAUGAGGAGUCUAGUGAUGUUGUUAUAUGUGUUGGUUGUUGGAACAUUUACAUUUGUGGAUUCAAAAACCGAUGUGAUUGUGAAUAUUGGAGCUAUUUUGACAUCUAAAAGCAUAAAUGGAAGGGUGUCAACUAUUGCCAUGAAGGCUGCUGUUGAUGAUGUCAAUUCUGAUCCCAACAUUUUGCCCGGAAAACGAUUGAGUCUUUCGAUUCAUGAUGCAAACUACAGUGGUUUUCUCAGCAUUGUUGGUGCAUUAAAGUAUAUGGAGGAUGAUAUCGUGGCUGUUAUCGGUCCACAAAGUUCUGUAAUGGCUCAUGUACUUUCAAAUCUUGCAAAUGAACUACACGUCCCGUUUUUGUCAUUCACAGCCUUAGACCCGUCACUUUCCCCACUUCAAUACCCAUAUUUCAUCCAAACAGCCCCUAAUGACCUGUAUCAAAUGACUGCCAUUGCUGAAAUGAUAAGUUAUUUUGGUUAUAGAGAAGUAUCUGCCAUAUUCACUGACGAUGACCAAUUUAGAAAUAGUAUAUAUACGUUAGGUGAUGUACUUUCAGAAAGGCGUUGCAAGCUCUCUUAUAAAGCACCAUUACCACCCGACGCAAGUUUAUCUCCACAAGAUAUUCAUGAUGCAUUGGUGAAUGUAAGGUCAAUGGAAUCUCGGGUCAUUGUUGUACAUACUUACUCUAAUACAGGUCUAUCUAUUUUCAAUACUGCCAAGACUCUUGGCAUGAUGAAAAAGGGAUAUAUUUGGAUUGCUACCACUUGGUUAUCAACUGUUUUGGAUUCUACUGGUAUUCCUCCCAACAAUGUAUCAUCUAUACAAGGGGUUCUGUCCCUUCGGCCGCACACUAGAGAUUCAUAUCAAAAGAAUGAUUUUUUAAACAGAUGGAAGAUUUUGAGUAAUGGGUCAGUUGGGUUGAACCCAUAUGGUUUAUAUGCUUAUGAUACAGUUUGGAUGAUUGCACGUGCAAUUGACAAGUUUUUCAAUGAAGGGGGCAGUAUCUCAUUCUCAAAUGAUUCUCGUUUGGUUGAUUUAAAAGGAACAAAAGGUUUAAAUCUUGGAGCACUUAGCUUUUUUGAUGGUGGAAAACAAUUGCUUAGCAAUUUAUUGGAGACAAAUAUGACUGGUUUGACUGGAGAUGUUUGGUUCAAUCCUGACCAGUCCUUGGUGCACCCUGCUUUCGAUAUAAUCAACAUGGUUGGGAACCAGGGUUUGGUUCUUGGAUACUGGUCGAACUACUCUGGGCUAUCAGUUCAGUCUCCAGAGAUUCUUUAUGCAAAACCAGCCAAUCGCUCUUCUUCUAAUCAACGUUUGAGAGGUGUUAUAUGGCCCGGGAACACAAAAGAGAAGCCUCGUGGAUGGGAAUUUUCAAAUAAUGGGAGACCGUUACGGAUUGGAGUCCCACUAAGAGUUAGCUUUAAAGAAACUGUUACACAAGUCAACGGUUCACAUGAAAUCCGAGGAUUUAGUAUAGAUGUUUUUCGUGCUGCAGUAAAGUUAAUUUUAUAUCCAGUUCCAUAUGAGUUUAUCAUGUUUGGAGACGGUCUCAAGAACCCAAGCUACACCGAGCUUGUGAAUAAAGUUGCAUACAAUGUGUUUGAUGCUGCUGUUGGUGAUAUUGCGAUUGUCACUAACCGUACAAAGGCCGUAGACUUCACACAGCCGUAUAUAGAGUCUGGUUUAGUUGUGGUCGUCCCCAUCAAGAAAAUAGACUCGAGUGCUUGGGCUUUCUUGCGUCCUUUUACUCCACUGAUGUGGGUUGUCACCUUAGCUUUCUUCAUUGUUGUUGGGGCUGUGGUGUGGAUACUGGAACAUAGAUUGAAUGAUGAAUUCAGAGGCCCACCCAAGAAACAGUUGGUCACAAUCGUGUGGUUUACCUUGUCAACUAUGUUUUUCUCACAUAGAGAAAACACGCUGAGCACACUUGGUAGGAUGGUUCUCUUCAUCUGGCUUUUUGUAGUUCUGAUUAUUAACUCAAGUUACACCGCUAGCCUUACAUCAAUUUUAACUGUGCAACAACUUUCAUCACCCAUUAGGGGAAUCGAAUCACUGAUAACGACCAAUGAACGUAUUGGGUUUCAAGUAGGCUCAUUUGCAGAAAAUUAUUUGAUGGAAGAACUUAACAUACCAAAGUCAAGACUUAUUCCUCUUGGUUCCCCACAAGAAUAUGCUGAGAAACUUGAGCAAGGAUUUGUGGCUGCCAUUGUUGAUGAAAGGCCCUACAUUGAUCUUUUCCUUGCAAACCAUUGCAGUUUCCAAGUUGUUGGACAAGAGUUCACGAAAAGCGGGUGGGGCUUUGCAUUUCAAAAGGACUCCCCAUUAGCGGUUGACAUGUCUACUGCUAUACUAACAUUAUCUGAGAAUGGCGAGCUUCAAAAGAUACACGACUAUUGGCUCAAGAGAAAAACAUGCAGCCCGCAGAACGCAGACUCGGACCAACUUCAACUAUCAAGCUUUUGGGGACUCUUUGUAAUCUUUGGAGUCGCUUGUGGUGUUGCUCUUCUUAUACACUUUUGUAUGAUGGUUCGGGAGUUUGGGAAACAUCAUUCGGAAGUCCCAGACCCACCUACAAAAAAGAUGUCUCGUUCUGUGAGAUUGCGAAGGUUUAUAUCAUUUGUGGAUGAGAAAGAAGAGGUGUCGAAGGACAGACUGAAGAGAAAAAGGGAGAUGUCAACAGUCAAUGGUAGAGAAGUUGACUCAAGAAACAGGUCAAACCGAAUCCAAGCAGAGGUUGAUAAUGAUCAAAUGUGAAUACUUGAUUGAAACAAAAAAGACUAACUUGUAUGUUGCAAAAGAAAUAUGUAGUAGUUAGCAAUUUAGCAUAUUAGGCGAGUUAAAAAUAUGUAAUAUGAUUUACAUGUAACAUAGACAUUUGAUAAAUUGCAUAAAUGAUAAGUUAACAA